AAAUUUUAAGAUCAUACAAACGCAACAUUCCCUUAGAAAACAGGAUAAAUCGGGAAAUAGAAAAUUAGAAAUCUCGGUAAAGGACGCCGUUAUCCCAUUCCGGCGAUCGGUGGAGAGAGAAAGGACCUACUACCGUGGAGAUCUUAUCACCUUCUUGAUGGCCGGGUUUAGCGGUGACGAGACAGCCCCUUUCUUCGGCUUCCUGGGCGCCGCUGCCGCCCUCGUCUUCUCCUGCAUGGGAGCCGCAUACGGGACGGCAAAGAGCGGCGUGGGAGUGGCGUCGAUGGGUGUGAUGAGGCCGGAGCUCGUGAUGAAGUCGAUCGUGCCUGUGGUCAUGGCUGGAGUGCUAGGCAUCUAUGGUCUCAUCAUUGCCGUCAUCAUCAGCACGGGGAUUAACCCUAAAGCAAAGUCUUACUACCUUUUUGAUGGCUACGCGCACCUAUCUUCUGGUCUGGCCUGCGGUCUCGCUGGGCUUUCCGCUGGUAUGGCCAUAGGCAUCGUUGGCGAUGCUGGAGUUAGAGCCAACGCUCAACAGCCCAAGCUCUUUGUUGGAAUGAUACUUAUCCUCAUCUUUGCUGAAGCUUUGGCGCUCUAUGGCCUUAUUGUUGGCAUUAUUCUGUCUUCAAGGGCUGGGCAAUCUAGAGCUGAUUAGAGCAGGCAAACAAAGGGAGAGAAAGCCUUCGGUUGCAUCAAUUUGUGAGUGUCCGCUCUGUUUCUUCCUUCUGCCAUUAAAUCUUCCUUGGUAAUGUGACCCACUUGUAUGCCCUCUAAAUAUUUUGACUGGCUUUCUGUAUCUAUGUAGCAUUCCUUCUUAUCCAUGACAGGAUUAAGUUUAUAUGCGAAUAAAUGUGAGCAAACUGUUAAAUUGAAUUCAGUACCUUUCAUAUUUUGUAGAGAUAGACAUUCUAAUUGUUGAUAUGUACCAUCCUUUUGGUA